AUGACAAACCACAAACUUAAGGUGAUCGUAUUGGCUGGUACUGCAGGUACAGGGAAGUCAACUGUUGCUGCAAGGCUCUUGAAAGAAUAUAGUACCAAGUAUCCUGGGAUCAAGUUUGUUGAAGGCGAUGAGCUUCACCCAAAGGCUAAUAUCGACAAGAUGGCCAGUGGUAAUCCACUAAAUGAUGAUGACAGAUGGGGGUGGUUGAAAGAAGUUGCGCUAAAGUCUGCUCAAUCCGCUGAGGAAGGUGGUUGCGGAGUCAGCGUGGUGGCUUGCUCCAGUUUGAAGAAGUCAUACAGAGACUUGAUACGCUCUACUCGUCCUGACGUUGAGUACCACUUUGUAUUCCUGUAUGGUAGCAAGGUGGAGAUUUUGAACAGAUUGAACAGCAGGAAAGGCCACUUCAUGAAGUCUAACAUGAUGGAGUCCCAAUUCAAGGACUUGCAAUUGCCAGAAGAGAGUGAGGCCAACUGUGUAGUCGUACUGCUAGACCAUAAGGGCUUUGAUGAAAUUGAAGAUGAUGUUCUAAAGUACACCAAUACCGUAUUGUAA